CGAAGAUGGAUAGCAACAAUGUCAAAAACAACGGCAACAACAACAUUAAUGACAACGAUUACACUAACAAUACAACAGUCACAAACGUUAACAAACACAUUACACCAACAGCAACAUCAACAACAACAUCAGCAGCAGCAACAACAACUACAACAACAGCAACAAAUCUAGAUGAAACGAAUGGUGACAAUUUUAAAGCCACAGUCGACAUUUCGACAGUUCAAGUCCCACGUACCAUCACACUUACUGGUGCCAUUUCAUUCAUAGUUGGGACCAUCAUAGGAUCUGGAAUUUUCAUAUCUCCGAAAGGCGUGGCGGAAGGUUCAGGAAGUGUGGGAUUCACGCUCGUCAGUUGGACUAUCUGUGGAAUUGUAUCUAUGCUAGCCGCUCUUUGCUAUGCCGAAAUGGGAUCCGUGGUGAAAGAAUCCGGAGGUGACUACGCAUUUUUCAUGAGAGCGUACGGAAAGGUCGUGGCCUACAUGUUCGCCUGGUGUUGGGGCUUGCUCCUGAAGCCAGCCUCCAUGGCCACACUCGCUAUCACGUGCAGCGAGUACCUACUGACGCCACUGUUUGAGGAUGGGUGUGGUGAGGUGAACAGCCUUCUCAAGAAAUUAUUUGCUGUUACUUUGAUUCUUGUUCUAGCAGCCAUCAGCAUCUACAGCAGCAAGCUGGCAUCUAAGAUUCAAAUCAUAUUCACUGUGGCCAAACUUCUGGCGCUUGGCAUCAUCAUCGUUGGAGGAAUCGUCAAACUUUUUCAAGGAUACACGGAAUAUCUGUCUACCGGAUUUAAAGGAACCAGUACGAAACCCGGAGUUAUUGCCCUAGGAUUCUAUAGUGGAAUGUUUGCUUUCGACGGAUGGAAUGCGGCAAAUUUCAUAACGGAAGAAAUUAUAAAUCCGCAAAGGAACCUGCCACUAGCCAUCAUAAUAGGGGUGCCGGUUGUCAUAGGAGUUUACGUCCUAACCAAUGUUUCGUACUUCACAGUAAUGUCCAUGCAAGAAAUGAUAGACUCAACAGCCGUGGCUAUAACGUGGGCGGAUCGGGUGAUUCCCAAAGUAGCAUGGAUAAUUCCCAUUUUUGUUGCCAUGUCCGCUUUUGGAUCAGCCAACGGAUCGUUUUUCUCAACAUCCAGAUUGAUAUUUGUGGCGGCGAGGAACGACCACCUACCAAAGUUCUUCGGCAUGAUCAACGUUGAGAGGUUAACGCCUGUGCCAGCCUCCGUUCUCAUGGCUCUGAUCGCCAUAUUGUUCGUCAUUCCUGGCAAUGUGGGAGCCCUCAUAACGUUCGUCAGUUUCAUAAAGUGGAUGUUCUACGGGAUGAACAUGAUUUCCAUCAUCAUCUUCCGCUACAGAUAUCCUUAUAAGGAGGCAGACAGGCCCUUCAGAGUUCCUUUGAUUAUACCGAUAUUCGUCUUUUUGGCGGCAAUAUUCAUCGUAAUCGUACCGAUUGUGACCGAACCGCAGAUCGAGUUUCUAUUCGCUUUCAUCUUCAUUCUCAUCGGAUACUUGCUCUACAUUCCUUUCGUUCAUUUCAAACUCUACCCCAAGUGCAUGGAUUAUGUCACAAUUUUCCUGCAGCUUUUUUUCCAAAUAUCGACACCCCAAAAGUUGGACUAGUUUAAAGAAAAAAAUUUGAAAGAAUAAUAAAUUUGUGUUUAUUUCUUUUUAUUAAUGCGUCUAUUUUUAAAAAUAUCACAACAAAUUAAAUUAGGAUUAAACGCUUCUUACGUAGGUUAUUUCUAUUUUUGUCAAACAUUCAUGGGACUUCAUAAAUUUAAAAAUUGAUCACAAGCAAAAUAAGCUAUCUGCGUAUAUUAUUAAUUUAUAUAAUAUAUAUAUAUAUAUAUUAAUAUAUGUAUAUAUAUAUAUAUAUAUGUAUAUAUAUAUAAAACUUAAAAUAAGUAAAUUUAUAUAACUCGCUUAUUAGUUUAAAUGUAAACUUUCGAACUUUCGAAUAAACUAAAUAAUCGAUCAAUUUUUGAAUUAAAAUAUAUAAAUAAAUAAUUAAUCAAUUAAAUUAAAUAGGUAAUUAAUUAAUAAAUUAAUUAAUCAAAUAAUUGAAUCAAGUGUCGAUUUUAUCUGGCGUAAAAACUUGCAGAACCAUCUGCAGGAAAGUCGUCAGGCAGUCCAUACAUGGCAGUUUCAAUUUGAAAUGAACAAGUGGAAUGUAGACGACGUAGCCGAGGGCGAUGAACCCCAGGGCGUAAAAGUAGCCAGUCUGCGGGCUGACCACCAACGGAAUGACCACAAGACACACGGCAAAUAUGAACGCUACAACUGGUAAUAUUAAUGGAACCCUGACAGGCCUGUUGACGUGUUUCAUCUUGAAUCUGAAGACGAUGACAGCCAGAAAGUUGAGACCGUAGAACAUCCACAUGAUGAAGCUGAGGAGGUCAAUGAGAGUGGAGAUGCU